AUGAACUGCGAAAAGCAAUUCUUACCGGUCAACAACACUUUCCUAUAUUGUUCCGAAGCUCAAAUUGACCCCAUAUCAAUAGUUGCCGACUUCACGAUCAAAACCCCGCCCCACACUUUUCCAGUCUUCCAACUUCGAUUCCCGAUGAUGGGCCUGAUAUUGUCCCGAAAUUCUCCCCCCACGCAAUCCCGUCCACGCUCCUACUUCAAUUCCGACCCAUACCCCGCGUCCUACCAAGCUCCCCCCACCUAUACUUCAUCUCUACCACGAACAAAAGACUACAAAGAUUCACAAUCAAGCACAGCACUCGCCAGUCUCCGGGAACUAGCCACCGCACUUCCGCGCACGAGCUCUAAACACAGCGAUCCUGAAUCGCCACCCAAGAGCAGCGCAAGUAGCAUCAGUCGAACGGGGUCCGGCGUCUGGAAUUACAUGCCGUUCACUUCUACUAGCAAGACCACGACUCCAACCCCAUCUGCAACGCCAGGGAACAGUUAUAAUGGAGGCUACACCGUGAGCCAGAGCUAUGGCGCUGUGCAAACUAGUUAUGUGUCUAGUGGUGGGAAGAGCAGAGAAGACCUAUAUAAUUACGGCAAGAGCCAGAGCACAUAUGGACAGCCAGGCGGUAUGGGUAGGGAUCGCCCUCUACCUCCCAGGAGCGGGCCAGGUGGUUACGGGCAUCGUCCUAAGAGCAUCGACUUGGUCACGCCAACUUGGUGA